CACUCCUUCGAAUUUUUGUUUAGUUUCCUUCCACAAAAAUUAUUCCCAAAACAUUUACAAACAUUCCCUUUGUUGACUCAACUAUUCCUUUGCAGCCGCUUGAUUCAUUGAAAUUUGUUUUUGUUUCUUGGAACUAUAUUUAUAUUGGCUGAUAUAAAGGAGGAGGUAACAAAAUGGCUGUUCUGAGAUUGUAGCAGUGAUUGAUUGAUGAUUUAGAUCUUAUAUUUGGAGGCUGGAGAUGUCAAUUCAGCACGAAAAUUCUAAUGUUGAGAUUGUUACAGGUUCUCGCCUGUGUGAUCUCUUAAGUUCAGGAACACAAAGAUGGAGAGGGCAAAAAGAUCAACCAAUAGAUUCCGGUGCACAAGGAAAGCUGGAGAAUCUUUUGAGUCAAUCCAGUAAUAAGUUUUGUGCAGAUUGUGGAUCUCCAGAUCCAAAAUGGGUAAAGUCCCUCACUUCUUUUGUUGCUUUUGCUUCAUUGUAUCAUUUCAUGCAAUUCAGAUCUUUGAGUAUUGGAGUAUUUAUUUGUAUCAAGUGUUCUGGCGUUCAUAGAAGCCUUGGAGUGCACAUAUCAAAGGUCAUAUCAGUAAACCUAGAUGAAUGGACAGAUGAACAAGUUGACGCUUUGGCAGAAAUCGGUGGCAAUGCUGUAGUGAACGAGAAAUAUGAGGCUUAUAUUCCUUAUAAUUUAAAAAAACCAAAGCCAGAUUCAUCAAUAGAGGAGCGGUCUGAUUUCAUCAGGAGAAAGUAUGAGAAGCUACAAUUUUCAAACUGUGAUGAUCACACACUACACUGCCCAUUCCCAUCUCCUCAUAGACGUUCAUCAUCCUCCCCAGCUAGUUCUUCGGCCUGUUGCACUUUGAAUGACAAGAAACAGUAUGAAAAACAACCAACCAGACAUCGUAUUGGAAAUGCAUUUCGUAACAGCUGGGGAAGGAAAGAGACUAACAGUAAGCCGACAAAGAAGAACAACUCAUUGGCAAGUAUGGUCGAGUUUGUUGGAUUAAUUAAGGUCAAUGUGGUUAAAGGCAUUAACCUGGUUAUUCGGGAUGUUGUAACUAGUGACCCGUAUGUCGUCCUAGUACUGGGUCAACAAACGGUGAGGACACGUGUCAUAAAGAACAAUCUGAAUCCUAUUUGGAAUGAAAGACUAAUGUUGUCGAUUCCAGAAAACAUUCCUCCUUUAAAAGUGUUUGUUUACGACAAGGAUAAAUUCUCAUUCGAUGACUUUAUGGGGGAGGCCGAAGUUGACAUUCAACCCUUACUGGCUGCUGCAAGAGCCUAUGAGAGUUCGACAAUGUAUGAGUCAGUAGAUUUCAAGAAGUGGGUAUCAUCCUUAGUGGAAGAAGGUGUCAUAAGUCUUGUAGAUGGGAAGUUGAAACAGGAAAUUAUUCUGAAUCUGCAGAAAGUUGAAAGAGGUGCAAUAGAAAUUGAGCUUGAGUGUGUUCCUCUUACUCAAUAACACAGAAACAUAUUUAUUGCAAUUAUAGAACUUGUACACAAAUUGUAUUCUAGUAAACUUUUUUUUUUU